AUGAGCCAAGCACGGAAGAAAGAGACACGGAUGGUGGAGCUCGACGAGGACGGUGACGGAGAAGAGGAGAUGAGUGACGACGAGCUCAUGAUCAUCCCCAAGGCGGAAGAGGACGUCUCCGUCGGCGAUGGAGAGCAAGACAAGGAAGGUAACACCCCGCAGCAACAGCAAUACGUCGAGUACGACGAGGACAUGGAUGCAGAGGGCGAAUGGGACGAGGACGUAGAGGUUGAAGAGCCCAAGGAGAAGGAUUAUUUCGCCCUGGACGAAUCUGAAGAAAUGGGCUCGAUAGACAAGAAAACCGAAGACGAAAUUGCCGAAAUCGAGAAGGAAAUCAAAGAGUUUGAAGCGGCCCUUCCUACACUCGCUUCUGGGUACAAACUCCUCGACCGGUUGGGCACUGGGACGUUUUCUUCGGUCUACAAAGCGCUCGACCUGCGGUAUCACGAAUACGACAAUAGUCCAUGGCUAGGACACCAUCCAGAGGAGUCGUCAGCUCACUUCCAGUCCGUUCCGCGACCAGAGGGGUCGAGGGUAUUCGUGGCUAUCAAGAGGAUUUACGUUACAAGUGGCCCGGAGAGGAUACGGAACGAACUGUUCAUCAUGGAGACGUGCAGGGGAGCAAGACACGUUUCGCAGCUCAUCACCGCGUUCAGGCACCAUGACCAGGUCGCCAUCGUUAUGCCUUACCAUCGGAAUGAGGAUUUCAGGCGGCCUACCCGCAUGACUGACAAGCACCACUGCAACAAGAUCAUGGACGACAAGCCUCCUGUGCUAGGCGCAUGCCUGCACACGCAGCCCACGGAGCAAUACCCCCACGGUCACAUCCGGAAGAAACACCAGUACGACGAGAAUCUGGUGAAGGAGGGACAGAUGGACGCGCGGAAGAAGAGUAAAAUGCAUGCGCAUUCUGUUGGUAUUCUUGACAAAGAUACUCGAAUGCCCAUGAAAGCCAAUCGUGCUGGUACUCGAGGAUUCCGCGCACCUGAAGUCUUGCUCAAGUGCGGUCAGCAAUCCGGAGCUGUGGAUGUCUGGUCUGCGGGAAUAAUCCUCCUCUUCUUCCUCACUCGAAAGUUCCCAAUAUUCCAAUCCAACGACGAUAUCGAAGCUCUCAUGGAACUGGCUGCCAUCUUUGGGCGGAAGAAAAUGGAGAGCGUAGCCACACUACACGCCCGCAAAUUUGCAACCAACGUCCCCGACAUUCCACAAGAUCAAGUCAAAUGGACGACAAUGAUCGAGAAGCUCAAUCCGGACCUUCUGACACCACCCACUCCGAAAGAGCAUUUCUAUCCCUACACGCUCCCUUCGUAUCGUGCAAAGCUACGACAGGAAGAGGAGCGAAGGCAACAACGUCAACAGGAUCCUCACAGGACGCCGACAAGGUCCUCAAGGCACGAACAAUCUCAAGAAGAUGAUAUAGAGUCUGACGCAGCUCCACCAACAUCCCACCUAACCUCCUCUUCCCCACUCUUGUUCCCUCGAUCCUCACCCGCGAACAAUGUCGACGAAGAUAGUCCUUCACCAGGUUCCGACUCUUUACAAACCUCAUGGGAACAAGGCAUCCGAGACGCCAUGGACCUCGUUACCAAACUCCUCGAACCCGAGUCCGUAAAGAGGAUAACACCAGCCGCAGCCCUCGCCCACCCUUUCCUCCGCGAAGAAGAUAAACUUGACGAUGACUACUAUGUUCCACACGUUUUCGGACGAGGUGUUUGUGGCAAGUACCAUUUCUAUGAUGAUGUGACGGAGCAGCCGGGGGUUAUCAUUAGGGAGAGGAGAGGGAAGUGUGUCUGCAAUUGCGGACUGGAAGAGUGCCAGGAGCAGGAUGAGAAUGCAGGGGAGUGGGUGAAGGUAAGGAAGCUGGUCUCGGCUGGUGAGGGGAUAGCGAUUGGGAUGGAGCCAUGCGAGUUCCACCAAGAUUACCAACUUUACGACGAUGAUGAGGACGAUUGA